CGCAUUACGUAUACGCGGCGUUGGUCAGUGAAAGGCGCUAUGAUGGGUGAUUCGCUUCGUUAUUGAAACCAUAAAUAAGUAAGAAGAACAUCAAAUUCAGAGGCGAUGGUGCUCGCCGCCGCGAGAAAUUGCGACAGGCCAGUGAGACAAAUUUAGCCAAGAUAGAUAGAGAUUCUUGGUGGAGAGCAAACUGUUGCUGCUGAUUCUAGUGGUGCUGCCACUGGGCCUGAGCCACUGGGUGGCUGUGGUGGCGCUGGUGGCGGUGGCAGUUUUUGUUUGGCGGGUGGCGGUGCCAAAUGAUGAUCAUGACCGCGUAGAGACGCAAAUAAAUAUAAUUGAAACUCGACCAAACUAUAAGCAAAUACGACAAUUGUGUAACUGCAACGGUAUCGUCAACAUGAACAAAACGAUUCUGCACUGGAGCUACCUGAACUUCAAGGAUGUGCCAAUGGAUCUCUUCCUCUACGAGGAUCUCGAGGAGGUCUAUCUCAAGGAGAACUUCAUCUCGGUGAUACCCAAAUGGCUGCUGAACAUCACCACACUGAAGUUCAUUCAUCUGGCGGGCAACAAUCUGAGCGAGCUGCCUGCGGACAUCUAUAUGCUGGAGAACCUGGAGUUCCUGGACGUAUCCAACAAUGAGCUCAAGGAGCUGCCCCCCACACUGGGUCUCCUCUUGAGUCUCCAGCAGCUGAAUGUGUCGGGCAAUCAGCUCACCGAACUUCCAGUGGAGCUAAGUGGUUUGCGCAAUCUGGAGCACCUGAACAUCGGCAAGAACCAAUUUCGCCGCCUGCCGGUGCAGCUGAGCGAGUGCGUCCGCCUCAACGAGCUGAAUGUGAGCGACAACGAGGCGCUGGUCCACAUCCCCGAGCGCAUCUCCAACCUGCCCAUGCUGCAGUCCCUCGCCGCCGAUCGUUGUGCGCUCGUCUACUUGCCGGCAGCUCUCUCCAAGUUCAUGAACCAUGUGCGCAUCUUCCACAACACUGCUAUCAACUACAUACCCAUGGUCUAUGAGAGGUUCUAUCAAAACUUUUACGACAACCGCCAGCGGAAUACUCCCGUCGCCGUUCAUCGCAAGGGUCUGUUUUGGGUCCGCGAGCUGGAGACCAGUACCCGCUUGCUGCUUCCGGUGGGCACUCGCACAGUAUUUCCGGUUCCGUCGGCUGACAAUAGGGUAUCGCUCUACGACGACUGUCUGCACGCUCUGCAGACACUGAACCGCUUCACGCCCGUCUACGAGAAUGGUGCCAUGCAUCGACUGCUGCCAGAGCCGUACAUCAGUUCCCACAUCAACAACGGACCCAUCGCCCGCUGCACAAACUCCACCUGCUCCAGAUGUCUGUACACCUCGUACUACUUCAUGGUCGUGAAAAGGCGUGGCAGUACGUCCAAGCAGCUCUUCACCUGCAACUUCUGCACCAACCGAUGCGGAGUCCUCUGGUUGAACAGCAAUGACAAGAAGUACUACCAGUUGGCCUGGCGAGUGUCGGAUGAUGACGACGACGAUGAGGCGGAGCAGAUGGCCGGUGGCAAAUAGAGCUGCAGUAAUUGAGCUGAACACGCUGUAUAUAAUUAUUUAGUUACAUUUAAUUAUCAUUAAUUAGUUUUGUACAUGUCAUGUAAAUGUAAUCGAACUACUGACAGCCAGCGCCAUUUGUCCAAAGAGAAAUCGAGUUC